AUGCCUUCGCUCGAGGCACAAGAGCCACCCGCGGCCCCUGCAGCUGCGUCUGCUGCAAGUGCGCCUGCGCCUAGAAAGUUCAAGGCGUCCGACCUGCCCCUGACCUCUGCGGUGCGGUCUGCAAUCGAGGGGCUGGCACACUCGUUCAAGAAGAAGGGGGGAUACGAUGCCAUCCGCAAGCAGGUUUGGGACAAAUUCGAGGCUAGUGUACGUGUUUGGCUAUCUCCUUUGUUGGUUGUUGUUGUUGUUGUUGCUGCUGCUGCCACGACUUGUCUGAAUUAUGGCUACACGUGUAUACUGACGAUUUGGGAAUUACAGGACUAUGAAGCACAGGUCACCAAGUCGAUACUAGAGGUCGCCGAAGAAGAGAUCGAGCGCAACCCUUCUCAGCUUCUCACUCUCGACCGCGGCAAAGCCGCCGCUCUCAUCGACGGUGCGCUGGACAGGAGCGGCGUCUACCAGAAAGCUCAGGACGUUAUCGAAGGCCUGAUAGAUUCUGCUGCCAUCGAAGCGCACAUUCGGGAGCUGCGGCGCGCGGAAGUGGGCGACGAAGUCGCUGAGGAGGAGCGCAAGAAAGGCGCCAAGACGGACGAAGAGUACGCUGCAGAGACCGCCGCCCGACAGCAAGAAAGGGAGAAAGUCCGGGAGGACCUCCGGAAGAUCGAAGAAGAGAAGCAGAGACUGCAGCGGGAAAUCCGCGAGAAGGAGGAGACGAAGAGGCGUGAGGAGGAGCGUGCCGCGCGCGAGGCCAGAAGGAAAGAGCAGCGCGAACGGGAAGAACAGAGGGAGAAAGAGAGGGAGGAGCGACGCCGCGAGAGGGAGAAGGAGCGGGAGCGUAGCCGCGAGCGACGUGAACGGGAGAGAGAGCGCGACAGGGAACGCCGCCGCUCGCGUGAUCGUAGCCGCAGUCGGGAACGCCGCCAUUACUCUCGGGAUCGCGAUCGUGAUCGGAGGGACAGCCGACAUCGCAGAGAUCGCGACGGCAGCCGAAGUCGUCGUCCGGACGAGACCAAGAAGGAGCUAUCGAAGGAGGAGCUUGCGCGACUGGAGGAGCUGGCCAUGGAAGAUCUCUUACGGGAGAGCAAGCGCGGUUCGCAGAAGCAACCCGAGAUGGAGAUCGAUGAAACCCUAGCACCACCGCCACGCAAGACGAAGCCCGCGUCGGCGAUCCAGCCAAUCCGCAAAGCGUCCGAAAAGAGCAGCCUAAAGCCAGAAACCAGCCUGAGCAAGGCCAGGACCGGUUCAAAAGAUGAAGGAGAUAGCUCUGAAGCCAUUAAAGAGACGACUACGACAAAAUCGAGAGAGGAAAGUCGACGGCCAAAGAGUCGUGAACCCAUCGAGACAAAGAGCGGCCUCGGGAAAGAGAACGGAGCCGCCACAGUCAUGCGGACGAUCGGAGACGGCACCGAUCCCCAUCCCGUAGGCACGAUGAUCGAGAACGCCGAGAACGGUCCCGAUCCCGCUAUCGAUCCGACAAACGGGACGAACGUAGAGAUCGGAGCCGGUCCCGAGCCAGGACGGACCGCCGUGACGACAGGAGAGAUGAUCGACGAGAGCGAAGCACGUCUCGAGCGAGAACGGAGAGGCGAGACCGCAGCCGUUCGAGAGCGCGAGCGGACCGCCGUGAGAGGAGCCGCUCUAGGAGGGCUACUGACAGGAGAGAGCGGAGUUCCUCGCGAGAUCGGGAACGUGCGGCCAGGAGGGACAGGAGCAGGUCGCCCCGCGAGAAGCGAGACCGGAGCAAGUCGAAGAAUAGGUCUGACAGGCGCGAGUCUUUGCGACGAGAGCCUGAUCGGCGAGACUCGGAUAGGCGAGUCGAGGUCGCGAGCGGAGUACGUCCGCCCGCCCUCGCGGCUGGACAAGGACGAGAAGGAGGCCUGGAAGCAGGAGCAAGUCAAGGAGCGUGAGAAGGAGGCCAAGGCUUAUUUGGCCGCACAGCGCGAGGCUCGCGAGAAGGGCAUGCCGAUCCCCGGCAUCGAUGACAAGCGUCCGGCCGGCGACGACCAGUCCUCUGAGGUCAGGCGAUCCACCAAGCCGGAAGAGAUUGACCGGUACGUCCCGGCGGACCGCAAGACUCGUACUAUCGACCGGCACGUUACUGGCGACCGGCCGAGGGACCGGUCGAGAGAGCGGGAUCGUGACCGAGACCGUGAUCGCUCAAGGGACCAUGAGAGGGAUCGGGAUCGGGAUCGAGACCGCGACCGGGACAGAGACAGAGGGAGACGGCGUGAUCGGACGAGGAGCCGCAGUCGCAGCCCGCGCCGUGAGAGGACUUCUUACCGAGAACGUGACCGAGACGCAGACCGGGCUAGAGACAGAGAUAGGGACAGGGACCGCGAUCGCCAUCGUGACGAUAGGGACAGAGAUCGCGUCCGUGAUCGGUCGCGGGACAGGUCGCGAGACCGGGAUCGCGACAGUCGUCGCUCGAGACGGGACAGGAGCGCCUCGCCGCCUAGGAGGCGCGACAGGUCACGUAGUCGACGGCGCAGCAGGAGCCGUUAG